AUGAGUUCAAGUAUAAGUGUAUGGAAAAAAGAAUUAGGUCCAAAUUUGAAUGAUUUGUUUUUAAAAAAAGAUUUAGAUAAUGUAAGAAAUAGUAGUGAUGAAAAAAAAAAAUAUUUAUAUUUGAAUACUAUAGAAGGAGAAGUUAAAGACAAUCUUGAUAAAAAAGAAAAAUAUAGCGAUUUUAUAUGUAGAGAUAAAUUUAUUUAUGAUGUAAAUAUCACCUGUUUUCCGAAUUAUAUGCAUAAGUCUUCUUUAAAUAUUAAAAAAAAAUUUGAUAUAUGUGAUCUAAUAAUAGAAGUUAGAGAUGCUAGAUUACCUUUUACAAGUACUAAUGAUUUUAUAAUUGAUAACCUAAAAAGAUAUAAAAAUAAAAAACGUAUUGUUAUUUUAAAUAAAGUUGAUUUAAUAUCAAAAAGGAUAGCUUUAAAAGCACAAAGUUUAAUAGAGGAAAAAACUAAUUCCAUAUGUUUAUUAACUUCAUCAAAAUUAAAUAAAAAUAUAUCAAAAAUUAGAGACAUAUGCAAAGAAAUAAAGCCGAAAUUUAAGAGCUUUGGUGUAUUUGCUAUGUUAGUAGGUUUACCAAAUGUAGGUAAAUCAAGUAUUAUUAAUUCUUUUAAAGAUAUUACUUAUAACUUGGGAAAAUAUGGUCAUCAAAAUAAUAAAAUAGCAUUUGAAGUUAAUAGAAAAAGAGUAAAGACAAAUGUUUUAGCAGGAACUACUAAAUUAGUCGACACUUAUAAGGUUUCUAAUAACCCCUUGCUUUAUUUUAUAGAUACACCAGGAAUUUUUUUGCCUAAAAUGGAAGAUAAAGAAAUUAGUUUAAAAUUAAGUGCAUUAGGAAAUACUUUGAAUUAUAAAUAUGAUCAUAUGUAUGUGGGAGAUUAUAUACUGUUUACAUUAAAUAAAUAUAAAUAUUAUAAUUAUGUUAAAAUGCUAGGUUUAGAUUCUCCAACAAAUGAUAUACGCUUUGUAAGUAAUGUUAUAUCAACAAAAUUAAAUUUAUGUAGAAAUUAUAAAUAUCUAGAUAUAAAUGGUGGUUGCAGAUUCUUUAUUGAUUUAUUUAGAUUAGGAUUAUUAGGACAAGUAUGCUUAGAUUCAGUACCAGAUAAAAAGGAUUUUGUUACUUAUUUUGAUUUUAAAUCAGAAGAACCAUUAACAGUAAAUUCUCAAAAACAUCCUUUACCAUUUAGAGGUUUAUUGUAA